UAAUCGAUAAUGAUGUUGGUGGUUCUGAGAGUGGUGGUGUGUGUGCAUAUGUUUAUGUUAUUCCACUUUGUCUGUUUGUCUUCCAGAGGAGAACUCUGCCUUGCUUCACUUCAAGACCUCUCUCAUUAUUGACACAACCUUUUAUGAUGAUUAUUAUUAUGCUCAAACCUGCCCCCAUGUUUAUCCAAAGACGAGUACGUGGAAAAAUGGGACAGAUUGCUGCUCAUGGAUGGGUGUCACGUGUCACUCUGUGUCUGGUCAUGUGAUCGGCCUUGAUCUUGCUUGUAGUGGGCUUCAAGGUAAAAUCCAUCCUAACAACACCCUUUUUCAUCUUACUCAUCUCCAAACACUCAACUUUGCUUUCAAUAAUUUUGAUGGUUCUGAAUUGCCAUCUCAGUUUGGUAAGCUUGUGAGUCUCACACACUUGAAUUUAUCUUAUUGUGGGUUUGAAGGUGAUAUUCCUUCCCAAAUCUCACACCUUUCCAAAUUACAAUCACUUGAUCUCUCUUCUUUUUAUCAUGGUUUAAUGUGGGAAGAAACCACUUUGAAGAGGUUGCUGCAAAACACAUCUUUGAGAGAGAUUGUAUUGGAUAAAACAGAUAUGUCUUCAAUUGGUCCAACACCAAACCCUUUGUCUUUGAUUGCCAACUUGUCUUCCACUUUGGUUACUCUCAGUCUUUUCUAUACUGAAAUAGAGGGUUUUAUACCAAAUGACAUACUUUGUUUACCCAAUCUUCAACACCUCAUUCUAUCAAAGAAUAAAUUGUCAGUCCAUCCUUCCGAGUUGAGUUGUACCACUUCUCUUAGUAUCUUGGAACUUGUAUGGUGUGAAAUCCAAGGGCCUAUCUCUUCACCAUUCUCUAAUCUAACACACCUUACUUCUUUAAAUUUGGCCCAAAAUCGAUUCAACGGUUCAUUCCCAUCAUCACUUUUAAACCAUCAGCGUCUCACUCACCUCGAUCUUUCAUGGAAUGAGCUUAGUGGUCAAGUUCCAAAUGUGUUUGAUAGGCUAACCAACUUGCAAACUCUCUCUCUUAGUGAUAAUAAUUUUGAAGGAAAGUUGCCAUCUUCAUUGUUUACCUUAACGCAACUCUCUCAAUUAGAUUGUUCUUUUAAUCAAUUUGAGGGGUCACUACCCAAACAAGUAGCCUUUUCAAAUCUCACUCAAUUAUUCCUAGAAGGCAACUUAUUAAAUGGCACGAUUCCGUCAUCAAUUUUAUCCCUUAAGUUUUUGAGAGGUUUGGAUCUAUCAGAAAAUCAGUUCACAGGGCACAUAAGUAGUGAGAUCUCAUCUUAUUUCUUGGAAUAUCUGCACUUGUGCAACAAUAAGCUCCAAGGAAAUUUUCCAGAAUCAAUUUAUCAUCUUGUUAAUCUGACUAGUUUGUGCUUGUCGUCAACCAGCUGGAGCAGUACUGUCCACUUUUCACUCUUCUCUAGGCUCCAAAAUUUGGAGUAUCUUUCUCUUUCAGGUUGCAAUUCAUUAUUGCUAGAAUCUGAAACAAGUAUCAAUCACACUUUUUUCAAUUUGCGAGUAUUACAGUUAUUUUCUAACAAUAUUAUUGGUUGGUCAAAGUUCUCAGGAAAAUUUCCACAAUUGGAAUUUCUUGAAUUGUCUAGUAAUAAACUUGAAGGAAAGGUGCCCAAAUGGAUACAUGAUAUACAUUCAUUAAUUCAUCUGAAACUCUCACACAACUCCUUCACAUCAAUAGGUCAUCAAUUCCCAUGGUAUCAAUGUCAAUACCUUGAUCUUAGCUUCAACUUGAUGGAUGAUGACAUUUCUUCCUUCUUUUGCAAUGUAACUUCUCCAAAUAUUAUCAACUUGUCCCACAACAAAUUCACAGGAACAUUCCCACAGUGCCUUGCCAAUAGAUCAUCCCUUACGGAUUUGGAUCUACAAAUGAACAAACUUCAUGGCACUUUGCCAGAUAUUUUUAAGCCUGUUACACCUGAAACACUGAAUCUCAAUGGCAACCAAUUCAGAGGUUUAUUGCCAAAAUCUUUGUCCAAUUCCAUGUAUCUUGUGGAUUUAGAUCUCGGUAAUAAUCAAUUUGAAGAUACGUUUCCCAAUUGGCUCCAGAAUUUAUCAAGUUUGGAAAUACUGGUGUUACGAGCCAAUAAGUUGUACGGUCCUAUUGCCAAUUUGAAAUCUGAAAAGAUAUUUCCAAGUUUGAUUAUUUUUGACAUAUCAUGCAAUAACUUUAAAGGCUCGUUACCAAAAGCAUACAUACAAAAUUUUCAAGCCAUGAAGAUUGUGGGGGAUGAAAUGCAAAGUAGGUUGGUAGAUUACAUUGAAACUGGUGGUGGUGGCAGCAUAGUUGUGGACAACAUUCUUCCAGAAUAUUAUAAUUCCGUAAUUGCAACAGUGAAAGGAGCCAAUACCCGUUUUGCCAAAAUUCCAACAGCCUUUGUAAAUAUAGAUUUGUCAGAGAACAAAUUUGAAGGAGAGAUUCCAGAUGAUUUUGGGGAGCUUCAUGGACUCAUAGGCCUCAACCUUUCUCAUAACAGACUUGUUGGUCAUAUCCCCUACUCUUUGGGAAAUUUGACAAAUCUGGAAUCGUUGGAUCUCUCCUCAAAUAUGCUUACUGGGAAUAUUCCUACUGAAUUGACAAAUCUGAACUUUCUUGAAGUCUUGAAUCUUUCCCAAAACCAGUUGGUGGGACCAAUACCCAGAGGAAAACAGUUUGAUACAUUUUCAAACGAUUCCUAUAAGGGAAACAUGGGGCUAUGUGGAUUGCCAUUGUCAGUUCAAUGCAACAACAAUGUCCCCUUGCAACAAUAUCCACCUUCUGAGGCUGAAGACAAAUUUGGGUUUGGUUGGAAACCAGUGGCAAUAGGAUAUGCAUGUGGAAUGGUGCUUGGAAUUGGCUUGGGAUUCUGUGUUUUCUCAAUUGGAAAGCCUCAAUGGCUUGUGAUCAUGUUUGGAGGCAAAAGAAUCAAAAGAAGGAGGCGUGGAAAUCGGCGUGCAAGAACAACUUAAUGGCCACAACUUCAUCUUUUUGGGGCCACUCUCAAGUUCAUUGUUGCAUGGGAAAUUUGUUUCAGAUGUUGGUUAUUGUUGUUGUGUCUUUUUAUAUUUUUAUUUAUUUUGAGAUUGUAAUUUUUCUUUUCGCUUUUCCUUUUUUUUCAAAAAAAUGUCUGCAAGUCUUGUUUUAUAAUUUGUAAGUGUGUUGUUACUUAUAUAUGAUGGUGU